CGAGAAAGAAGAUGGCUGCUGGGCUCCCAGAUCGGAAUUGAAUUGAUAGCAUUCACUCGACAUUAAAUCAAAUCAGAUCUGAGCUCCGGCUGGGUUUAGGGUUUCAAAAUCACUAUGAAUAGGAGGAGAGGGUUGGAUUUCCGGAGGGCAGGAGGGCGGAGGAAGAUCUCGAACGUCGUCUGGUGGGUUCUCUCUGCGAUUGUAGUCACCCUCUUCAUCCUCAUUCUCUCCAAAGCUACUCAAAUCGAACCAAGACCCUCCAUUCCAGAGCGGCGUUACCGUCACGAAAAGCUUGUAGAAGGCAUGAACAUGACGGAAGAAAUGUUGAGCCCAACUUCCUUUGCUCGUCAAGUUAACGACCAGAUUGCUCUCGCUAAAGCCUUUGUUGUCAUUGCUAAAGAAAGUAAAAACCUUCAGUUCGCUUGGGACCUUAGUGCUCAGAUCCGCAAUUCUCAGCUACUUCUCUCCACUGCUGUUGCUUCCAGGCGUCCUUUGACGGUACUGGACUCUGAACCCACUAUCCGCGACAUGGCUGUCUUGCUUUACCAAGCCCAACAGCUUCAUUACGACAGUGCCACUAUGAUCAUGAGGCUCAAGGCUACUAUUCAGUCUUUGGAAGGACAGAUGAGUUCUGUCACUGAGAAGAGCGCCAAGUAUGCUCAGAUUGCUGCUGAGGAAGUGCCCAAGAGUCUCUACUGCCUUGGUGUUCGACUCACUACCGAGUGGUUUCAGAACUCUGAGUUACAAGGGAAGCUCACGGAGAGAAGCUAUGCUGUGGCUUCUAAGCUCACGGAUAACAGUCUCUACCAUUUCUGUGUGUUUUCUGAUAACAUUGUUGCUACUUCAGUUGUGGUGAAUUCCACUGCUCUCAACACCAAGGCCCCUGAGAAAGUCGUCUUUCAUCUUGUCACUAACGAGAUUAACUAUGCGGCAAUGAAGGCAUGGUUUGCUAUGAACAUGGACAACCUCAGAGGUGUCACUGUUGAGGUUCAGAAGUUUGAGGAUUUCAAAUGGCUUAAUGCUUCUUAUGUUCCGGUACUCAAGCAGCUGCAAGACUCUGAUACUCAAAGCUACUAUUUCUCUGGACACAACGACGAUGGGCGCACACCGAUCAAGUUCAGAAAUCCCAAGUAUCUCUCCAUGCUCAAUCAUCUCAGAUUUUACAUCCCUGAAGUGUUUCCUACGCUGAAGAAGAUGGUUUUUCUUGAUGAUGAUGUUGUGGUACAGAAGGACCUUUCUGCUCUCUUUUCGAUCGAUUUGAACAGAAACGUGAACGGGGCUGUUGAGACAUGCAUGGAGACGUUCCACCGGUACCACAAAUACUUGAACUAUUCCCAUCCACUAAUUCGCUCCCACUUUGAUCCAGAUGCGUGCGGCUGGGCCUUUGGGAUGAACGUCUUUGAUUUAGUUGAGUGGAGGAAGAGAAAUGUGACCGGGAUAUACCACUACUGGCAAGAAAAAAAUGUAGACCGGACUUUGUGGAAACUUGGGACACUGCCUCCAGGGCUUCUGACAUUUUACGGGUUAACAGAGGCACUAGAGUCAUCGUGGCAUGUCCUGGGAUUGGGAUACGCCAAUGUGGAUGCUCGUGUGAUAGACAAGGGAGCUGUUCUUCACUUCAAUGGGAAUUUAAAGCCGUGGUUGAAGAUCGGGAUGGAGAAGUACAAACCUUUGUGGGAGAAGUACGUUGAUUACAGUCACCCUUUAAUGCAACAAUGCAAUUUUCAUUGAUAUCUUAAGAGUUUGUCUAUAGGUUUACUACAUCUUCUAGACAGACAUAUCUUCCACAUUUGAUUACACAGACACUUGGCAGUGUUUUCUAUGCUGUUUUGUAUGCUCAGACACCAGUCACUUACUAUACCACUCUGCUCUUUUAUCCACCUUCGUCGAGCUCUAUUAUUGAACUUGAAACACUAGUGGUGGUGAAAUAAUGAUUUCUCUGUUUUUCAUUGUAGAUUGUACUAUGAAGAAAUACAUAAU